GACCUGGACCUGGACCUGGACCUGAACCUGAACCUGAACCCGGACCUGGAUCUGGACCUGUACCUGGACCUGGACCUGAACCUGGACCCGGACCUGGACCUGAAGCCGGACCUGGACCCAGCUGUGUGUCCUUGAGGAGCGACCAUUCAAUGGACUGGUUAAUUAAAUUUAAAAGCGACCAACAUUCUGCUGUAAAGAGGGUCCAUGAGAAAGGAGACUCUCUUGAACAGGAACCCAGCUGUUUGUCCUUGAAGAGCGACAUGUCACAUGAAAGAUAUAUUAACUUUAAAGGAGACCAACAUUCUUCUUCAGAGAGAGUGGACCAGCAGAUCUCAGAGUCCCCCAGUGGUCCAUCUGUCCAGCAGCAUCAGACACAGCUGGACUCCAUCGUUCAGCUGCUGGAGGACAACAUUGUCCUGUUUGUGAAGAACGAGCUGAAGAAGAUCCAGAGGGGUCUGAGUCCAGAAUACCCAGAAUCCCUAGAGCAUCUGUUGCAGGGUGAGGAUGAAGAGCAGAGGAGCAGCAGAGAGGCGUUUGUGAAGAUCACAGUGAACUUCCUGAGGAGAAUGAAGCAGGAGGAGCUGGCUGAGCGUCUGCAGAGCAGUUCUUUUGCUGCAGUUUGUAAAAAGCGGCUGAAGUCUAAGCUGAAGAAGAAGUCCAAGUGUGUGUUUGAGGGGAUUGUUAAAGCAGGAAACCCAACCCUUCUGGAGCAGAUCUACACAGAGCUCUACAUCACAGAGGGAGGGACUGGAGAGGUCAACGAUGAACAUGAAGUCAGACAGAUUGAAGCAGCUUCCACGAAACCACACAGAGCGGAAACAACCAUCAGACAGGAAGACAUCUUUAAAGCCCCACCUGGAAGAGAUGAACAAAUCAGAACGGUGAUGACGAAGGGAGUGGCCGGCAUCGGGAAAACAGUCCUAACACAGAAGUUCAGUCUGGACUGGGCUGAAGGCAGAACCAACCAGGACAUCCAGUUCCUGCUUCUAUUCACCUUCAGAGAGCUGAAUGUGCUGAAAGACAGAAAGUUCAGCUUGGUGGAACUUGUUAAUCACUUCUUCACUGAAACCAGAGAAAUGUGCAUCUUCGAAGAGUUCCAGGUCGUGUUCAUCUUUGACGGUCUGGAUGAGAGUCGACUUCCUCUGGACUUCCACAACAAUGAGGUCCUGACUGAUGUUACAGAGUCCACCUCAGUGCACGUGCUGCUGACAAACCUCAUCAGGGGGAACCUGCUUCCUUCUGCUCGUCUCUGGAUCACCACACGACCCGCAGCAGCCAAUCAGAUCCCUCCUGAGUGUGUCUCCAUGGUGACGGAGGUCAGAGGGUUCACUGACCCACAGAAGGAGGAAUACUUCAGGAAGAGGUUCAGAAGAGAGAAGUCCACCAAAAUCAUCUCCCACAUCAAGACAUCACGGAGCCUCCACAUCAUGUGCCACAUCCCAGUCUUCUGCUGGAUCACUGCUACGGUCCUGGAGAACGUCCUGGAGAAAGUCCUGGAAACCAGAGAGGGAGGGGGGCUGCCCAAGACCCUGACUGAGAUGUACAUCCACUUCUUGGUGGUCCAGGCCAAACUGAAGAAGGUCAAGUAUGACGGAGGAGCUGGGACGGAUCCACACUGGAGUCCAGAGAGCAGGAAAAUGAUCAAAUCUCUGGGAAAACUGGCUUUUGAGCAGCUGCAGAAAGGAAACCUGAUCUUCUAUGAACCAGACCUGAGAGAGUGUGGCAUCGAUGUCAGAGAGGCUUCAGUGUACUCAGGAGUGUUCACCCAGAUCUUUAGAGAGGAGAGCAGCCUGUACCAGGACCAGGUCUUCUGCUUCAUCCAUCUGAGUGUCCAGGAGUUUCUGGCUGCUCUUCAUGUUCAUCAGACCUUCAUCAAGUCUGGAGUCAACCUGCUGGAGGAACAAAGAAACACCUCCAGGUGGUUUAAAAAAAGAGCAGAGACUGACCUCUAUCAGAGUGCUGUGGACAAGGCUUUACAGAGUCCAAACGGACACCUGGACUUGUUCCUCCGCUUCCUCCUGGGUCUUUCACUGGAGACCAAUCAGAAACUCCUACGAGGUCUGCUGAAACCAAAACAAAGAAGAUCACAGAACAAUCAGGAAACAGUUGAAUACAUCAAGAAGAAGAUCAGUGGGGAUCUGUCUGCAGAGAAAAGCAUCAACCUGUUCCACUGUCUGAAUGAACUGAAUGAUGGUUCUCUGGUGGAGGAGGUACAACGAUCCCUGAGGUCAGGACGUCUCUCCAGAGAUAAACUGUCUCCUGCUCAGUGGUCGGCUCUGGCCUUCAUCUUACUGUCAUCAGAAGAUCUAGAGGUGUUUGACCUGAAGAAGUUCUCAGCUUCAGAGGAGGUUCUACGGAGGCUGCUGCCGGUGGUCAAAGCCUCCAAGAAAGUUGUGUUGAAUGACUGUAACCUCUCAGAGGACAUCUGUCCACUUCUGUCCUCAGUUCUCAGCUCUCAGUCCUCCAGUCUGACAGAACUGGACCUGAGUAACAACAACCUGCAGGAUUCAGGACUGAAGAAGCUGUGUCCUGGACUGGAGAGUCCACACUGUCACCUGGAGUCUCUCAGGCUGUCAGGCUGUCUGAUCUCAGAGGGAGGCUGUGCUUCUCUGGUCUCAGCUCUGAGCUCCAACCCCACCCACCUUAGAGAGCUGGACCUGAGCUACAAUCAUCCAGGAGAGUCAGCAGGGAAGCUUUUGUCUGCUGGACUGAAGGAUACCCGCUGGAGACUGGACACUCUCAGGGUGGAGCCUGCUGGACAACGAUGGUUGACACCAGGUCUGAGGAAGUAUUCCUGUCAACUCACCAUUGACACAAACACAGUCAAUAACAAGAUCAAACUGUAUAACAACAACAGGAAGAUGACACGUGUGAAGGAGGAUCAGUCAUAUCAUGAUCAUCCAGACAGGUUUGAUUACUGUCCUCAGCUGCUGUGUAGAGAAGUUCUGACGGGUCGCUGUUACUGGGAGGUCCAGAGGAGAGGAGGAGUUUCUGUAUCAGUGAGUUACAGAAGAAUCAGAAGGAAAGGCGGCACUAAUGACUGUAGGUUUGGAGGGAACGAUCAUUCCUGGAGUCUGUUCUGUUCUGAUGAUGGUUGGUACUCUGUCUGGCACAAUAACAGAGAAACAUCUUGCUCCUCCUCUUCCUCAGUCUCUGACAGAGUAGCAGUGUACGUGGACGUUCCUGCUGGAACUCUGUCCUUCUACAGCGUCUCCUCUGACAGACUGAUCCUCCUCCACACCUUCAACACCACAUUCACUGAACCUCUCUCUCCUGGGUUCGGGUUCUGGCCUGGUUCUUCCGUGUCUCUGUGUUGAGUUCAGUCUCCAGAGUCUCCUCCUGUCAGAGAAACUGUCUCUGUUGGACAGAUAGUUGAGUCUGUACAUGUCUGUCUCUGUUUCCAUCAGAACACCUGAAUCACACGUUGGUGAAACUGUUCUGAAUGAUUCCUUGGAAACUUCUUCCUCUUCCGGUAUUUUAAAGGUGGAAGCUGCCGUUAUUCCAGGAUCCACAUGUUGUUCAUCCGUCUGUUCCCAGGCAGAGCUUCACAGUGAACACCAGCACGUUUCUCUGCAGCUCAGUUCAGCUGAGAUCAUUCAGCUGCUGUUAGUUUGCUGCACAUGUGACCAACUGUGAUGUCAGAGAGGAAUCACUGAUCUGCAAUCAGCCGAGAUGAAGUUACAACCUGCUGACAGAUCUGAGCACAAGAUUGUUGUGCAGCCAGGGUUCAUCCUGGUCUUUGUUCACACUACAUUCUGUCCCAACCAGGACGUCACUACUGGACUGUCAGGUCUCUGUCAUGGCAAAUUUGUAUGCAAGUUUAUUGUAUGAAUGAAAUGAUCCAUCCUUCAUCUAAAACUGCUUCUUCAUGUUCAGGGAGUCGGCCUUUUUGAUUUUAUACUGUACUAUAAUGAUUUUUAAGUAUAUUUGUCGGUAGAAGGAGAAAUCAACAACAAUUUAUGUCCUUACAUGGUUCUUAGAAUGUAGAAGAACUGGACAAACCCUCCAUGAUGUCACUCGUAGGUUUUCUGAAGAGGGGUUCUAUAGGCUCGUCUUCCUCCUACUGCGCCGUUCCAUGUUGUAAACGGGAGGAACAAACUGGUCUGGAAGCUGCAACACCAACUAAAUCAGGAUCACUGACCUUUGUGAACAGAUAGCUACUUCAAGGUUCCUGAACAACUAGAAAGGCUACUUGCAGGAUUUAACUUUUUGAAUAAAGUUCUCCUUUGAUUUGAUAUACACUCAUUAAAAGCACUGCCUCAACAUUUCCUCACAAUAAUUAUCAAAUUGAUUUAUCAUGCUAGGAAACAUAUUUCAGCAUGAAACAUUUUUUAUUUGUUAAUCAAUUUAAUUUGUUCAAAUUGUCAAUGAUCACUUCUGUAACAUUUUAGUAGCAAAUCAUGAACAUCAUCAAAUCAAGUCCCAUUUAUAUGAAACUCAACCACCAUAACACUUUUAGCAAGUCAUGAAGUCCCACAUCUGUAGAAAUGAUCAGGUAUAAAAAGAAUCAGAACUUCAAAAUCCCCACAUUUGUACUAAUAAUCAAAUAUGUAGCACUGAUGUGAAGGUUUGCAUGACAGAUUGGUUGAUUUAAGAACAUCCAGCCACCAGGGGGGGCUGCUGCACUCGAUCCCGCUGAGUGCUGCUUAUCGUGGUAGAAGAAGAGAGACAAUGAUGAGAAGCUGGAUGAUGUGGAUGAAGCUGUUAUAUUACUUUGUGUCAUGAAUCUGAUGUUUUUGGUUCUGUGUGCGUCCAGAGAAACAUAAGUUAUAUUGUUGUUUAUUGGAAGCACUUCUUUGUUGUUAUAUUUUAUAAGUCUGCCGCUGAAUAUUUCCAGCAGUGUUAUUUACUUCACUAAUCGUUCAAAUUGAAUUUAUAUUAUGUUAUCUGAAUGUCACUGACUGUUUUCUUUGUUGCUAGUUAAAUGUGAAAGUAUCUCAUGUAUAUGAUGUUCAUGCUAAUAACAUUAUUAUUUGGAUUGUGUGCUAUGGUUAAACAUGUGUUUAUUGCUGUUUAUCGAUUUCUAUUAUUCUUUGGUUUAUUCCAGAACCACACACACACACACCACACAUGUAAGUUCACUCUC